UUAACGUACGUGGGCCCCAGUAUUCUCACCGCCUCCGGAUCUUAACGUUGCGCGGUGCGCGAGCACGCUUUUGCCGAAUUUUGUUAAUUAAUUUCGGCAACUUCGAUCUUGAGCGCUGACAGCUUAUCGGUAAUUUCUUUAAAGAUUCCGGUGAACCGGAAUCAACUAAUUAAGGAAGAUGAAGGGAUGGUUCGACGCCUUUCGCAGCGAUGGUGGUCCGACGCUCUACAGCUACAGCAAUCGCACACCCGUGACAGGUGAUGUGCCCCUGGUCAUCGUAUUCGUCAUAUUCGGUACCCUGUUCAUGGCGUUCCUAGUCAUAUUCCCGGGUGUCAGGAAAGAGCGGUUAACCACUUUUCUCACGAUUACCAUGAGCCUCUUCGUGGGUGCGACGAUUCAAGUGGCGCAAUACGGUUCAUCCUGGCAUACGAGCUCUGCCACCAUUGUUAGUUCCUACAGCGCUUUCUCCAGGCACAAGGCGAUGGCCGAUAUCGGCGGUUACAUCGGCUUAAUGCAUAUAAAUAUAACAUACAAGUUAUUGCCAGAAAGCGAGCAAACGAACGGCGAUGUCGAAUACAAUGAACGCUUCUGGUGGAGGAGUUCAGGCGAGAUGACCAGCGCCUUCAAGCAGGCCCUUUAUCAGGGUGCGCCAUUUCCUAUCGUCUCUCUGGCGGAGUACUUUAGCCUCCAUCAGGAGGGCUUCUCCUGGGGCUCGCGAUAUCGCGAAGCUGGAUAUUAUGCUUCGAUAAUGCUAUGGACCUCCUUCGCUUCGUGGCUGAUGAUGAACUUGUUGCUCAUGGUAGUCCCGCGAUACGGAGCAUACGGCAUGAUUUUCACAGGCCUGUGUAUGCUGCUAACAAACUUAAUUUACACGGCUCUUCUACCAUGCGAGCCUUUGAUAGCUCAUAUAGACGGCUCGAUCCUCUCCUUCAAUCUUGGUUGGAAUUAUUGGCUGGUGGUAUCAGCUGGUGCCGCAUGCCUUUUGGCAGGACUCGUGAUAACGGCUAUAGAUAUGAUCUUUCCUCAUCAAUUUUCGACUAUACUCGAAGUCGACUACGACACGCCGUAUGAUAGGCAUGUCAUUAUAGAGGAAAGCUUCGACACACGCAAUGUUAGGCGGAAAGUUCCCAAGAUCGAGGAUUCGUUCGGCGAUCGAAUAAUGAGUCAAUUGUCGUCCAAACUUCAGAAUAGACACAAUGCUAAAGAAGACACCGAGGGUGUUAUUAAUCGAGGAUACACGUCGCAUGAGCCAUCCGAAUUCCAGCAAGAAAUCGGCGAUGAGCCUAAUAGAAGUAAUUGGUCGUAUCCCUUCCCACCCGCCUCGCGCAGAACCAUAAACGGCUGAUGUAUUUUUCGAUUAUUUCAGAUACAAUUCAUCGACUUUCUAAAAUGCCAUUAAAUGUUUCAAUCUAUUUUAUGUGUAACAUAUUUAAAAAAAUAAUAUUAUUUAUAAUAAAAAAAUAAAUACUGACUUUUUUUUUGAAAAACUUACAAAGGAUCAUCCAAAGAAAAU